UGAUGUGGUUAUUGCUUUAAUCUCUCAGAGAGUGGUGAUGUGGUUAUUGCUUUAAUCUCUCAGAGAGUGGUGAUCUGGUCAUUGCUUUAAUCUCUCAGAGAGUGGUGAUGUGGUUAUUGCUUUAAUCUCUCAGAGAGUGGUGAUGUGGUUAUUGCUUUAAUCUCUCAGAGAGUGGUGAUGUGGUUAUUGCUUUAAUCUCUCAGAGAGUGGUGAUCUGGUUAUUUGCCAAUAUCAGCACGUGUCUGACUGGAUAUGGUGGUUCAGUCUCAUUAUACUGAAGUGAAAACAGAGGACUUCAAGUGGCAAGUUAUGAAAUACCGAUUCAAACCAUUAUAAUUGUGUGACACAUUUUCUUUGAAAUGCUCGUUUGACCAGUAGCACACAUUGUUCUACUUGUGCAGUACAUGACUCAAGCAUGGGGCAGUCUACUCMGUCUUCCCGUGUGACCGUUGGUGUCGCAGGAUAAAAAGCAUGGGCCUAAAUGUAGCUAUUUGACAUAAUGCUGUCGUGUUCAGGUCACCACAUGGGAGAAACUGAACAUGGAAAACAACCCAUCCACAGUCUGAACUGGGAUACAUGCACACAUGAUAUACCAAUACUAAGUAUCACUGUUUGUGCCAUUGUCAAACUUAAUUUCUCUCUCGCUCUCUUGUCUUUCUCACAGAUUCUAGAAUAUCACUUUGCUUCCCCUCCCUGUGUUGUUGGUCUUUGCCAGUACAUUUAUGUACUACUGACUCAGGUGUAUGUGUGUGAUUGUGAUCGAGUGACUCCACAGCAUUUGUUUGUCUGUCUGCUACCUGCUCUCUGUUUGUUUGUUUGUUUGUGUGUGUUUAUGUGUAGUAUGCGGAGAACAUUUGUGUUAUGUGUGUGUGUGAGUUUGUCCCUCUUCCACCAUACAAAGUCUCAAUCGCCUCCUGAAGGUGACAGCCUCAUGGAGUGCACAGAUGGUUAUGAGUGGGAUGUUGAGAGUCAGCAUUGUAAAGAUAUCAAUGAAUGUCAGACCAUUGUGGAGGCCUGCCAGGGGGAGAUGAAGUGUUUUAACCACUAUGGUGGUUACCUGUGUCUCCCACGCUCUGCCUCUGUCAUCACCGCCCCUGAACCAUCCAGCCAAUCAGUGGCCAUCCUGCCAAUGGAGUCCAACGAGGCCUUCAGCCCCUGUCCUGUAGGCUACAAUGCCCAAGGGGAGGGCUGUGUAGACAUGGACGAGUGUGUACUCGAUCUUCAUGACUGCCAGCCCAGCCAGCAGUGCGUUAACACUGUGGGCACCUACAGCUGCCAGUGUCCAGAUGGAUACAGUAAAAUUGGUAUUGAGUGUGUGGACAUUGAUGAGUGUAGAUACAGGUACUGUCAGCAUCGCUGUGUAAACGUACCUGGCUCUUUCUCCUGUGAGUGUGAGCCUGGGUUUCAGUUGGCUGGAAACAACCAUUCAUGUGUGGAUGUGAACGAGUGUGAGAUGGGCGCCCCCUGUCAGCAGAAAUGUUACAACACGUAUGGCACCUUUCUCUGUCGCUGUGAACCGGGCUACGAGCUGGGACCAGACGGACACUCAUGCAAUGAUGUAGACGAGUGCAGCUACUCCAGUUACAUGUGCCAGUUCCAGUGUGUUAACGAUCCAGGGAGGUUCUCCUGUAUCUGUCCAGAGGGGUACCAGCUACAGGGCACCAGACUCUGCCAAGAUGUGAAUGAGUGUGAAACAGACAAAGACCAGUGUGGAGAGGGCCAGACCUGUAUUAACAUCCAUGGGGGUUAUCAGUGCACCGAUUCCAACCUCUGUCGAGAGCCCUAUGUGCUGACAAGAGCCCUAUUGUCUGACAACCGCUGUGUUUGCCCGGUCAUCAAGCCUGAGUGUCGUGACCUCCCCUUCUCCAUCGUCCACCGUUACAUGAGCAUCACCUCAGAGCGCUCUGUCCCCUCAGACAUCUUCCAGAUCCAGGCCACCCGCGUCUACCCUGGAGUCUACAACACCUUCCGCAUCCGCUCUGGGGACCACAAUGGGGAAUUCUACAUACGGCAAAUGAACAACAUCAGUGCUGUGCUGGUCCUGGCCCGUGCUGUGACCGGUCCAAUAGAGUACACCCUGGAUCUGGAGAUGGUGUCUGUCAACCCCCUCAUCAGCUACCAGACCAGCUCUGCUCUACGACUGUCUGUCUUUGUAGGACCUUACACCUUCUGAGGAGAGAGAUGGAGUAAUGAGAGAGAGAGUGGGAGAGAAAUGAGAAGAGGAAAACUGUUAAGGACAUGAGACAAAAACAUUCCUCAGACUCAUUACUGCUAUACUACUAUGUAUCUUUAAAACAACUGCCCGGGGAAAAGCUAGUUGUAAAACCAUUCUUCCAUAAUUCUGUGAGUCACCACACACACAUCCUCACACACAUGCACACACACCAGUGGUGGCUGGUGUCACUUUAAAUGGGAGGACAGGCUCAUUAUAAUGGCUGGAAUUMAAUAAAUGGAACUGAGUCAAACUUGUUUUUGAUACUGUUCCAUUUAUUCCAUUCCAGACAUUAUUCCCUCCCUUUACCAGACUCCUCUGACACACACACAAGGACACACGCAUGGCACACUGGGACAGGGUGCAUAUGGCUGGCACACUGGGACAGGGUGCAUAUGGCUGGCACACUGGGACAGGGUGCAUAUGGCUGGCACACUGGGACAGGGUGCAU